AUGGGUUCCACCGACUACAAGUUCGAGGGCUGGAUGGGCCUUGACCCCAAGGCUGCUGAGGGCAACAUGGUCUGGCAGGAGUUUCAGCCAAAGGCUUGGGAAGAGACCGAUGUUGAUAUCCGCAUUACACACUCCGGUAUCUGUGGUUCAGAUUUGCACACUUUGCGCAGUGGAUGGGGUCCUACAAUGUACCCCUGCUGUGUCGGCCACGAAAUUCUCGGAGUUGCAGUGAGAGUCGGCUCCCAGGUCGAAGGAGACAUCAAGGUUGGCGACCGCGUCGGUGUUGGUGCACAGAAUGAUUCUUGCCAGGGUCGCAAGGGCGACUGUGAAGAAUGUGCCUCAGGACUUGAGCAGUACUGCCCCAACUUGAUGUGCGGUUCCUACAACUCCAAGCACUGGAACGGCGACAAGUCAUAUGGUGGAUAUGCUCUCUACCACCGCUCGCCCUCUCGCUUCGUUAUUAAGAUCCCCGAUGCUAUCCCCUCCGCGAUGGCUGCUCCUAUGCUUUGCGGUGGUAUUACCACAUACUCCCCUCUUCGUCACAACGGCUGUGGCCCCGGAAAGAAGGUCGGCAUCAUCGGUGUCGGUGGUCUGGGUCACUUCGGUAUUAUGUUUGCCAAGGCCCUGGGUGCCGAUAAGGUGGUCGCGAUUUCUCGCAAGGCCAACAAGAAGGAAGAUGCUCUCAAGCUUGGCGCAGAUGCCUACAUCGCCACGGACGAAGACGCCGACUGGGCCAAGAACAACUCCCGCAGCCUGGACUUGAUCAUCUCUACCGUCUCCUCCUCUAAGAUGCCCAUCAUGGACUAUAUCACCAUGCUCAAGCCCAGUGGCAACUUCGUGCAGCUGGGUGCUCCCGAAGACGGUGCCCUCACCAUCCCCGCCUUCGCCCUGAUUGUCAAGAGAAUUAAGUUCGGAGGAUCCCUGAUUGGAAGCCCCAGCGAGAUCCGGGAGAUGCUCGAGUUGGCUGCUGAGAAGAACGUCAGGUCAUGGGUCCAGGAGGUACCUAUGAAGGAUGCCAACAAGGCCAUCGUGGACAUGGACGCUGGCAAGGCCAGGUACCGUUACGUGCUGGUGAACGAGCAGUAA